AGAGAGGCCGGAAGUGCGGCGAGCUAGGGGCUGCACUGCCCGAGCUGGCGGUGGAACGCCUCGAUUCUCCCGCAUUUUCCCCCAGCUAGUUCUGGGGUCGAUUGAGUGAGUUAUCGCAGGGCUGAGACCCAGAGAUACCGGAUAGAGGGGCAGGACGUGGAGACCACGAUAGUGAUUGGCAGCCGCGCAGGCCAAUCACUGUACUGUCUGAGAGACGGCCGUGACCUGGCGCGGGAAGGUGUCAAGGUGCAAGGCCCCAGAUGGACCCUGAGAAGAGCGAGGAGGGGGCGCCGCAGCCUUCAGGGCCUCCCGCGAGGAAGAAGUUUGACGUCCCGUUGGACGAGGAUGCAGUGCCUCCCCCGGGGGCCAAGCCCUUAUUCAAAUCCACAAGAAAUCUUCCCACCGUGGAGACCUCUGCCCAGGGCACCCCGCAGACCUAUGCUGAGUACGCCAUUUCCCGGCCUGCAGGAGGGGCUGCAGCCACAUGCCCCACGGGGUCGGAAACCUUGGCAGGAGAGACCCCCAAUCAGGCCCUGAAGUCAGGGGCCAAAUCCACCAGUAUCAUCGUGAGCCCCCGGCAGAGAGGCAACCCCGUGCUGAAGUUUGUGCGCAACGUGCCCUGGGAGUUUGGCGAAGUGAUCCCCGACUAUGUGCUGGGCCAGAGCACCUGUGCCCUCUUCCUCAGCCUCCGCUACCACAACCUGCACCCCGACUACAUCCACGAGCGGCUGCAGAGUCUGGGAAAGAACUUUGCCCUGCGUGUUCUGCUGAUCCAGGUGGAUGUGAAAGACCCUCAGCAGGCCCUCAAAGAGCUGGCUAAGAUGUGCAUCCUGGCUGACUGCACACUGAUCCUUGCGUGGAGUCCCGAGGAAGCCGGGCGGUACCUGGAGACGUACAAGGCCUACGAGCAGAAGCCGCCGGACCUCCUGAUGGAGAAGCUGGAGCACAACUUCAUGUCCCGGGUCACUGAAUGUCUGACCACGGUGAAGUCAGUCAACAAAACGGACAGUCAGACCCUCCUGUCUACUUUUGGGUCUCUGGAACAGCUCAUGGCAGCAUCACGGGAAGACCUGGCCUUAUGCCCUGGCCUGGGCCCCCAGAAGGCCCGGAGGCUGUUUGACGUCCUGCACGAGCCCUUUCUCAAGGUGCCCCGAUGACCCCAGAUGCUGAUACGACAAUAAAACAUUGUCCGGG